UGGUUUUAUUUUAAUUCACCGUAAAAUGUGUUAAAGUGAAGAAAGGAACAGAACGACAUCAACAAGAACUUAGGAGCAGCAGCAGUACGGACAGCGGUAAACUUUGCAGCUGAGCGUGAAGCACAGAUCGUGUUGAUAAUCAUGGACGCGGUGGUGAAAUUCACCUCCCAGAGUCAAGGGAGAGACCGGAUAUUCAGGGCGACCCAAUAUGCAUGUGCACUGUCCAUAUAUUUACUUCGUAACAACCCUGAGAGAAAGGACCUGGUUAACAAACUUAAAAGUUUGGAAACUAACAUAAGUGCUGGACGAAAAUUGCUCAGGCUGGGAAACACAGCCAAUUCCAUUGUGGCUGUUAAACAAGCCAUGAGACUCUCCGACCGAGUGCUACGCCUGUGCAUUACUGCGGCCAACAUCAACCGGGCCCUCUACUUUAUCUGUGAUAACUUACUGUGGGCCAGAAAUGUGGGUCUGAUCCUGAGUAUCGACAAGGAACGCUGGAGCAUUAACGCCUCUCGCUGCUACCUGUACUCAUUAGUGAUGAAUCUGACCCAAGACCUGUAUGUAAUCCUCCAGCUGAUGCUACAGAAAGGGAGAGAUAACCACUUCAAGCAGAAAAUGAACCAGCAUCUCAAUGAAUCUCCGGAAGUAGCUGAAGUAACUAUUCCUGAGCUGGACACGUUCGUUUUCCUACUUCUGGAGACUCUCAGAUCAGAGCCGACGGUUGCCUUGGACACCGUGAAAAACAUCUGCGAUCUCUUCAUUCCUUUAGACAAGCUGGGCAUUUACAAGUCGAGUGCAGGGUUAGUUGGAUUCUGUGGGCUGGUAUCAUCACUGAUAGGCAUUUUAACCCUUGCACGACCCACUUUAAGGAUCAAACCAUGAUAACGAGGGUGGAGUUAGACCAAAGGUUAAAAAGGAUCUAGGAUUUAUUUUCCAAUGACAAACACUAGCAAUAACAAGUAUUUUCAUACAUAUGUGUGAACCUUAAAACAUUUCCGGUCUAAUUAGAUAAUUAGAGAUGCACCGAUCAAGCUUUGCCUGUCAGAUUAACUUCAGAUGUCUCUGGUCUGAACUGCUGAUUCAUCAUUUUAGAUAAGAAAGAAAAUGAAGUAAUUUCAAGAUAAAUCUAUAUUCAUGGAUUUAAGCAUGUCCUUAAUCAGUUUUAUUUUUAUUAUAAGCACAAAGGAGCUGGUUGAUGUGGUCUAAAAUUUUAUGAAUGCUUUUUUUAUGCAUAUAAUAAACAGGGAAUAAAUAAUGAAAAAUGUUCAGUAUUUGAGUUGCUGAUCAGGGCUGAUCAAGGGGAAAAAGUCUAAUCUGCUUUUGACCAAGUAAUUGGUGCAUCUCUACGUAUAAUUAAGUGAUCCACUUAAGAAAAUAUUUUUCUUAAACAUUUAACAUUUAAAGAUCCAAGACUUUUUAAAAACAAUUCCUGUCCUCUACCAGCAGUUUCACAGAUGAUAGUUUUCCAAGUAUAAUGAAAAAAAUAAAGGCUUGUUUAUCUGCUCUAGAAAAUCUAACAUUUUUAUCUGUGUGGAUGGUUUAAACUUGCUUGAUGUCUAUGGCAUUUUGAAAAUCUUCCAAUUAACUACUUUU